GUGGGACCUGGGGAUCUUAGAGGUCUUUGCCAACCACCGAGACGCUGUGAUUCUGUGAAUCGAGUCAUUUAUUGUAGCGAGAGGUAAUGAGCAGCAAGCAACAAAAAGUCACGGAAGCACAUAAACACUUGACUGGGAUACUGAUGGCACCGGGCCCCUCACCCUGCGCUGGCUGCAAGAGCCUCCGCCCUGCUGCCUGGGUGCCCUCAGCCCCGGUGAGGUGUGAUGGUUCCGCAGGUGUGGCACAGAGCGACCACUGUGACCUGCGGGGUGCGGAACAGAGCCAAGGCUGCGGGGCUCAGGCCGAGCUCAGUGCGACUUGGUGAGGUGAGCAGGGAGGAAGGGGCUGCCUGAGGCUGCCCAGGGAGGAGGGUUCCCCAGCGCUCGGGGCCUGAGCUGAGAACUCAGCCUCGUCCCGCUUCUCCCCUAGGUUGUCACGCAGAGGAGAAAGCCUGGUUUUGCUGGGACAGACACUCUGCGAGUGCUCGCCGUUGAUGCACAUGAUGUCCGAGGGGACUCAGGAGGCCGCCGGCUCGAGUGAGCCAGCAUGCGUGCUCUGUGGCCGAGUGGAUCAGGACUCGAGCAUAUAUGGGCACAAACAUGAGAAAAACGGGUUCUACUUCCAUACUUUUUGUGUGAUAUUCUCCACUGGUCUUUGUAAACCAGGAAGCAACAGCAGAAAUGCAUGCCAUUUCGAAGAAGAGCUGAUACGCACAAUCAGGCAGGGAGAGCAGACGCUCUGCUUCGUUUGUGGCCAGCGCGGGGCCACCAUCACCUGCGCAGAGCCGGACUGCGACCGCAGCUUCCAUCUCUCCUGCACGUCAGAGGGCGAAUGCGUCACCCAGUUCUGCGACGAUUUCAGGUCCUUCUGCUGGGUGCAUCGUCCACAUCAGGCAGUGGAGGCAGCGCCGGUGCAGGACACGACCUGCAUCAUCUGCAUGGAGUCCAUGGAGCACAGCAGAUCAUACAGCACCAUGCUGUGCCCAGCCUGCCGACACGCCUGGUUCCACCGGGCUUGCAUCCAGGUAGGAGCCCUCCCAUACCCCAUGAGCACGGCACGUGCUCAGCAGCACCAGGCCAGGCUCACACUCACCCUUCUGUUUCUGCUGCAGGAACAGGCCAUGUGUGCAGGAAUUUAUUGCUUUCAUUGCCCCCACUGCCGAGACAGAGACAUGUUUCUUCGAGACAUGCUCACUAUGGGGAUCCGAAUCCCAUUCAGAAGACCAACGUGGGAGGACAAUUAUGACUAUGCAACCCUGGGAGUUAGGCAUCAGCGCUGUGAUGCCAGCGACUGCCAUUAUCCACAUGGCCGGGAACAAGAAGAGGGAGACGGGCCCUGGCAGCUGCUCCUCUGCAGCUCCUGCGCUGCACAAGGCACCCAUCGACUCUGCUCCAACUUGAGUCUGAGCACAUCUGCAUGGGAGUGCAACACCUGUGCUGGAGAGGGCAUCGCCUCCAGCACCAAUGCGGACAGCGCUGGCCCCAACACCACCAGCCAGCAGGGACUGGGGCCAUCCCAAGGCCCUACAGGACAGGAGAGCAGCAGCUCUGACACCACCAACCAGGCACCAUCGGGACCAGAUCACAGCUCCCAGGUGCCUGAGCUGCUCUCCAGGCAGACACAGCGGGCCAGGACUCGGAGCCGCUCGCCUCUGGAACAUCGGGCUGCAGAGACCAACAGCCAGCCCCAGAGACGCCGCAGGAGCCGGUCCAGGCGGCCAGGGCCAGCCCGGGGGCGAAGCCGCUCCCGGGUUCCACGUCGGGCCCGGAACAUCAACCGCCGGCCCCACUGA